UCCGGCAGCAGAGAGGACGCCGCCGUGUUGGACGUGGCCUGUGGCUCGGGACUGGUGGCCAAACUGAUGUUUGAGCUAGGCUUCAGGCUCUUUAUAGGAGUGGACGGCAGUAAAGGAAUGUUGGAGCAGGCGGCUCUAACUGGUCUCUAUCAGGACCUCAGACUGGCUUUACUGGGAACCCAACCUCUGCCUGCUCAGCCCGGCCGGUUUGACGUGGUGAUCAUCGUCGGAGCUUUAGGUGUGGGCUUUGCUCCGGUCAGCAUCAUCAGGGAGCUCUGCCAAGCUGCCAAACCAGGAGGUUACGUGUGCAUGGCGAAAGGCCAGCACACGGGACCGGCAGCAUCCAGGUAUAAGCAGGAUCUGGAGGAGGAGCUGCAGCGGAUGGAGGAGGAAGGACUGUGGAGAAGAGCAGGACUCCAUCUGACCGACAGCUACAUGAAGGAGCCGCCCAGCGUCUGCGGGAAAGACCAAAGUCACUUCAUCAGUGGCUGCGUGUACCUCUACCAGAAGACCAUGUGA